AUGAGCUUGUGGCUCCUUGUCUUCGCUUCCCUCGUAUCUGGUGCGCCGGCGCCUCAGAAAACCCCCUUGAAUCCACGGCAGAACUCGAAUCCGACACCCACUUCCAAUGCCUGCGCGCAGAUAGCCCCCAUGACGGCCGGGUUUCUCGAAGCAAGUCCAAAUGCUACUCCAAGAGUUCCUGCUGCGCUCGCGCAUGAGUGUCUCCAAUCCGUGCCCAACAAGCCCGAACCAGCGGGGAAAAUGAUUGAUAGCUUGCAAGCUUUCGUACAAUGGCAGAGCACACUGGUUUAUCUGAAUACGCCGCCGUCUUCAUACAUGCUGCCAGCUACGGACAUUGUAGGAAGGUUGAACAACGCGAAGACGAAGGCGUUAGCUGGAGGAUUUGCGAGCGAAUAUGACUUCCAACUCGAGGUCGUCAAGACUUUCCUGUCCGCGCAUGAUGGCCAUUUUGUGUACCGACCUGAUAUGUUCGGGUUUAGAAACAACCUGGCGGCAGAUAUCGUCUCUGUCUCUGUGGAUGGAAAGUCAGUGCCCAAACUGUACCAUCUGCGCGACCUCAACAACACGGCGCUAAAUUCGACGGCAAAUUCGACGGCAAUGCCGGCUGCAAUAACAAAGAUCAACGGUGAAGACGCCUCCAAGAUUAUAGAAGAAACAAACCUUGCCUUCAGCGUCUUCCAAGACCCCGAUUCGCAGUGGAACGCCAACUUUCGAACAGUUGCCUCUCCCGAAAAUCGCCUGGUUGUCGCCGCCUCAUUGGCUUUCCAAGGUGAAAGCGUGACUCUGACGUAUGAUAACGGCACGACGAAGACAGAAAACAGUUUCGCAAACUUGAGAGCUGGAGCUAACUUCACGGGCGUCAAUAAUGGAGAGGAUUUCUACAGCCGAUUUUGCAAUCCGGAUGCGGUUCAGCUAAACGCAACCAAUGGCACCACACCGGCGAAACUGCCUCCACCGCAGCCAACUAUCCAGGGAUUUCCCUUUCCAGUCACUCGAGACAGUGGCGCCAACACGACAUCAGGUUAUUUUCUCAACGGGACGGGGUACGACGAUGUGGCAGUGUUGACGGUGUCUUCUUUUGCUCCUCCGGCCACGUAUGACCCGGUUGAAUAUCUCACGAACUUCCAGAGUACCGUGGGAGACUUCCUCACCAAGUCCAAGACAGCUGGGAAGAAGAAACUUGUCGUCGACCUCACCAGCAACGGAGGCGGUCUCGUUAUUGCUGGGUUUGAACUUUUUAGCCAGCUCUUCCCCGACGCCAAUAAGUUCCAAGCCGACAACAUCCGUCUGGCUGAAAGCGUUGGCCAAAUCUCCCACAUUAUCGGCGCCAUUCCCAAGGAUUUCCGACCCAACAACACCGAGCAAUCCCGAGCGCUCAAAUCGCUGCAAGACAGCGCCAUCGUCGGCAAUCUCGUCCCGGGAAGCGUCUUCAGCCCCGCGGGCAACAACUUGACCAAUGUCGAAUCAAUUUUGGGCCCCAUUAGCCUCAACGGCGACACCUUUACCGCCUUCCAGUCCACCCCGCUGAACAAUACCGACCCCCAGUUCAACCUUACGGGGGUCGGCACCAAAGCCAACCCGCCCCCUUCCGUCUUCACGCCUGAAAAUGUCGUCCUUCUCACUGACGGCACCUGCGGAUCCACUUGUACUAUUUUUAGUUACCUGAUGAUACAACAGCGCAACAUCAAAACCGCUGUCGUGGGAGGCAGGCCCAACUUGGGGGCCAUGCAAUCUAUUGCUGGAGUGGAAGGCGCUCAACUUAAGAAGGGCCAGCUGGGCGUGUUGGCUGAAGGGUAUAUCCUCAAGCGAGCCACGGUCCCCAUGCAAGCAGGUGCAGUGAACGGGAAGAACGCCUUCGCGCCGUCCGAUUCCCAGACGCCACUACAGUUCUCGAUGCAACCGGCAAAUUGCAGAUUCUUCUACACGGCGCAGAUGAUUACGAAGCCCGAAAUGGUAUGGCAGAGAGCUGUAGACGUCACGUGGAAGGACCCAGCUGGAUUAUGCGUCGAGGGGAGCCAGUUGGCGAUUAAUGAGACGACGGCUGCAAUUGAUCCGCUGUUCCAGAAAAUGAUGGUCAUGGAUGCGGACAAGAUAAGUCUGAGUGGUGCAGCGACGAGUAAUUUGCAGGUUUCGAGGAGGACGGGUAUGGCGACGUUGCUGACGGCUCUGGCCGCCGUCAUGGCGCUGUUAUAAAUGCUCGUGUUGGAAUACUCAUUGAUACAUGAUAAACCACCCAUCUAAACUAGC